ACUAGAAGCACUGCCACCGACAUCGGCGAUAGUCAGACCUCUCGUCGGGCAGUUGAACGAAUAGGCCAUCUGUUGGCUAUCAACACCAUUCACGAAAUCUGCCAACGAAAUCUAGAUCUCGGGGCUGAACUUUUCCUGGAAGCGCCACUGCUUCGACCUCUGCGCCGUCUACUUGCUCCGAGCUCCACAGUCACCGAUGAGAACUUUGAGAUGCCGCCUGACCAGCCGGAGGGAGGACCAAUCGAUGUCUCUGACCGCUGCGAACUUCUCUCAGGCUGCGAGUUGCGAAGGCUCGUGCGCUUUGGUGGUGAUCUCUUGGACACGGUUCAUCCCUCACAGGCCAUGCUCACCCUCUUCAUGCGCCAUUCGCAACCUCUCUUCCAUCUCUUCGCUAUUCAGCUGUCCGUGACGGAAGAAGCCGAACAACAGUUUGCAUCGGAUGGCAACUCCCUGAUGUAG